AGCUAUGAUUGCUACUGGACCAUUGGUUUCUAACGACAGACGAAUGCUUUUUUUGCGUUUAUUUUUAUUUUUGGCCUUUUUGGGCUUUUCAGGCAUCACUGCAAAUCUUGAGUUUAAUAAUGUCAAGUGCUUGACUCAUGGCAAAGAAUAUGUGGAGUUCGAAUAUUGCUAUUUGAAGUCCAUAAACCGCACCUAUAAAUACUUUUCAUUAAAGGCUGUAAUCCAUCAGUUACCAGUUCGAAAUGUUAAGGUGGAAUUCAAAAUUCUGAAGCGUGACAACCGACACAUAUUUGAACAAUUUAAUGGCGUCGUAAAUGUCUGCAAAUUCUUCAAAGAUGGCCAAAAUGCAAUUGCCGGCCUUAUAUUCAAUACAUUUACCGCAUAUUCAAAUAUUAAUCACACAUGUCCCAUCAAUCAUGACAUAAUAUUGGAGAAGUUGCCAAUUCAAUAUGUGAACAAAAUGGCACAGCCUUUUAUUCCCCAAGGUCCAUAUUUGUUGAAUCUAUCCUGGUAUACUGACAAUAUUGCACGUGCUGAUGUCAUUGUCUACUUCACAAAAUCUUAA